UCUACAUUUUUCUCCACCGCCUGCUGGGCACUGCAAUCAGGGGUCUAUUCCUGCCCGGAUAUCAGCUGGACGCAGCUGAUGCUCUGCGCGCUGGCUCGCAGGGACUCCUGGUGAAGCCAUGCCUCAGCCGCCUGCCGCUCUUGCCUUGACAUUGCCCCUGCUGCUGCUCGUGGUGGUGUUGGUGCAGAUCCCGUCCCCGGCCGGCGGGAGGCCAUCCCCCAGCCCGGAUUACUUGCGGCGCGGCUGGCUGCGGCUGCUGGCUGAGGGCGAGGGAUGUGCGCUCUGCCGGCCGGAGGAGUGCGCCGAGCCGCGGGGCUGCCUGGCGGGCCGGGUGCUGGACGCGUGCGGCUGCUGCUGGGAAUGCGCCAACCUGGAAGGCCAGCUCUGCGACCUAGACCCCGGCGCUCAUUUCUACGGGCGCUGCGGGGAGCAGCUCGAGUGCCGGCUGGACGUGGACGGCGACCUGAGUCGCGGAGAGAUGCCAGAGCCACUGUGUGCCUGCCGCUCGCAGCAGCCGCUUUGCGGCUCCGACGGCCGCACCUAUGCCCAGAUCUGCCGCCUUCAAGAGGCUGCCCGCGCUCAGCCUGACGCCAACCUCACCGUGGCGCACCCAGGGCCCUGCGAAUCGGAGCCCCAGAUCGUGUCGCAGCCACACAACAUCUGGAACAUCACCGGGCAGGACGUGAUCUUCGGCUGCGAGGUGUUUGCCUAUCCCAUGGCCUCCAUCGAGUGGCGGAAGGAUGGCUUGGAUGUCCAGCUGCCAGGGGAUGACCCCCAUGUCUCGGUGCAGUUUAGGGGAGGCCCCCAGAGGUUUGAGGUGACGGCCUGGCUGCAGAUCCAGGCUGUGCGCCCCAGUGAUGAGGGUGUGUACAGGUGUCUCGCCCGAAACGCCCUGGGUCAGACUGAGGCCCAGGCUAUGCUGACAGUGCUCACACCAGACCAGCUGAACGCCACAGGCUUCUCCCAGUUGCCACCACUGAGCCUGCUCCCUGAGGAGGCCACCGAGAGUGAAGAGAGCCAGGAUUACUACUAAACCCAGGGGUGGGGGGUGGGAGUGGGUGUGGGGGUCAGCUCUAUUCUGGGAGAGAUCCAGAAAUGGGGAGCAAGUUCCUGCACAGCUUGCUGUGAGACUCUUAAUAAAGGCAGUCCUGAAGUGGCAGCGGCGAGGAAAGCUGCAAAGGGUCCUGGCAGGAGAUCUCACCUAGUCUCACUUACUCCUUUCCCCAAGUUUCCCCUCUCUCUGGAGUCCCAGCUGUGCUGACACUGCAGUGUGCUUGGCUGUGGUCCCUGCAAGACAGCAGGAACUGGUGGGGGCCAAUACAGGGGCAGCUCUGUCCUGCGCAGCUAGGCCCAGGAGAA